ACAUUUUUACUUCUACUUAGCACCUCUAUAGCACAAUCAUCAUCAGCACAAAAGCUUUGGUUUUGGGACCACACAAAGAGCUGGUGAAGGAGAGAAUAUGUUCUGCCUCAGCCCCAAAGGUUUCCAGGAAAAAACACACACACACUCUCUCUCUCUCUCUCUCUCUCUCUCUCUCUCUCUCUCUCUCUUCUGCAGUAGCUGAUUGUUCUCUUCUGCCACAAUUGAGGAGUUAUGGAGGGGAGAUCUUCUUUUAGCAGCAGAUGAGACCAUCACUCUGCCACACACAGGACAUUAUUGAACUCUGCAGAAGAAGCAGAGCAUCCCCUGCUCUUAUGACUGGGGACCUCCUCUCAUUCUCAAAGUUCAAAUUAAGGGGUUUAUAAAGGCUUUAGCUUUUAUUUCUUCUGUUUCUUUCAUGAAAUUUUGGUGGAUUCUCUGAUAUGGGUUUUGAAGGAAUGAAGAAUCAUGUGAUGCAGUAGUUAUAAGGGGAGGAAAAAAAAAAGGUGGUGAGGCUCAUUUAUUUUGUGGCGAAGUUUGAAACGUUUUGGCUUGGUUGGUUUUUAUGACAGUGUAAUAAAUGAAGAACCUAGAAUGAUAAAAGAGUACAAUUUCCUCACAUUUCAGGUUGAGUAUGCAUGAAUGCUUUACUCUCUGCAUUCACCAUUUGUGUUCUUGUGUUCCUUGCAAUUGAAUUAAUUUGUUCAAAACUGGGUGAAAAAUUGGUGAGGGUUCGUUUUCUCUGAUUCUAAAUUUGUUCGAGAAAGAUGGAGUCCGCAAACCAGAAGAGCCUUGAAAGGGCAAUCUCUCAGAAGGCCUUGCAAAUGAGCAGCUCCACUCCUUGUAAAAUUUGGGUGUUGGGUUUCUUCUGCGGCGUAUGCAUCACCUAUUUCUUCCUUGUUGUUCUCUCUCCGUUUCGGACGGAUACUUUUGGGUUGGGUUAUUCGAGUUCCCAAACGGCAAUUUCGCCGAUAUCAACCUCGGUUUAUUCGGUGCAGGGAAUGGCUCAAGUAGGAACUUCAUUAACAUACAGCAAAGGCUAAGAGUUUUACAGAGUGGAGAGAUAAGCAAUGAAGAGAGGAUUAUGAAUCUAUUCUCUUCUUGGAGUGCUUUGCUCAAUGGACCAAAAUAUGGUGAGGGCGAAACGCUCAUGGGGGAAGCGCAGAGUUCGGCUGUGCCACGACCUCCUCAUUUAGAGAACUGCAGGUUAAAUGUGGAGAGGAAUAAGCGUUUUGACAAUUAUGGCGAGAACAGAAGUUUUCCUCCUUGGACAUUGUGGAGAGGAUUACUCGGUCUUGAAUUACUUAAACCGACCACGUCAAAAGGGUCGGAGCAUAAUCAUUUGGAGCAAACGGCAAAGUUUGAUGGUGCUUAUCCUCCUUGGAUUGUUGGAUCAGAUGAGGACAACUAUCCUCUUACUAGACUAGUCCAAAGAGACUUAUGGAUUCACCAACACCCGAAAUAUUGUAGCGAUCCUAAUCAGCAAUUUCUUGUUGCUGAUUGGGAGAAGCUAUCAGGAUUUGGAAUGGGGGCCCAAUUUGCUGGAAUGUCGGGCCUUCUUGCCAUUGCAAUAAAGGAAAAGCGGAUUCUGGUUACAAACUAUUACAAUCGAGCCGAUCACAAUGGCUGUGAAGGGUCAUUUCGGUCACGCUGGUCUUGCUACUUUUUCCCUGAGACCUCUCAUGAAUGCCAGACGCGUGCCUUUGAGCUCAUGCAGAGUGCAGAAGCUUGGGAAAAUAAAAUUAUAACGACAAAGGAGAACUACACUUCGAAGGAAAUAUGGGCUGGGAGGGUACCUAGAGUGUGGGGUGAACCAUGGAGCUAUUUGCAGCCUACUACUGAAAUAAAUGGAACCUUAGUUACACAUCAUCGUAAGAUGGAUCGGAGGUGGUGGCGAGCACAGGCCAUACGAUAUCUAAUGAGGUUUCAGACUGAGUAUACAUGCAAUCUAUUAAAUGUGGCCCGGCACCAAGCCUUUGGUCUGGAAGCUGCAAAAUUGGUUUUCAGUAGUCUUCAUUCAAGUUCACCAAGGGUUGGUACUAAUAACUCACAAGCUGAUAUAGAACGCUUUGUGUGGUCCGGGCAUAAACCAUGGGUACCAAGGCCGCUUCUUAGCAUGCAUGUAAGAAUGGGAGAUAAAGCUUGUGAAAUGAAAGUAGUUGGGUUCGAAAACUACAUGGAACUCGCAAACCGCAUCAGGGAGCGCUUCCCAAACCUUAACAAUAUAUGGCUCUCGACAGAAAUGCAGCAAGUCAUUGAUAAAACCAGAUUAUACCCUAAUUGGAACUUCUACUACACGAACGUAAGACGCGAGGCUGGAAACAUUUCUAUGGCCACUUACGAGGCGAGCCUUGGGCGGGAGCUCAGCACUAAUUAUCCCCUUGUCAAUUUCAUAAUGGCUACGGACGCCGAUUUCUUUACUGGAGCUUUGGGUUCGACAUGGUGCUACCUGAUAGAUAGCAUGCGAAAUACUGGAGGGAAGGUCAUGGCUGGCUAUCUAAGUGUGAACAAGGACCGUUUCUGGUGACCAGUUAGUUUUUUUUUUUUUUUUUUUGGUUUCUCAUUUUCUUAAAAACUUUAUGGAUAUGUACAUGCAUGCAAUUACUCGGUUUCCUUACCUUUACGCAUAAAAAGUUGUCUUUCACUCUUUUUUGCUUUUUCUCUGUGGAGUUUUAAGUGUUUGGUGUUGUACAUAUUUUGAAACACAUUGUAUAUACCACAUUAAUCAAUAAUAUCUAGUGACAUCUUGUUGCUA